UUAUAUCUCCUGUAGCCUCUACCAUCUGGCUUCAGGAUAUCCUUCCUUGCUCGCCUUCAUCUCUCCGUAGUCGUGGCGGUUACGUUGACCAACGCCAAGCGUGGCGACCGCCUGGCUGGGCUGUGCGACCAUCACACUCGGCCGACCUGACGACGUUCACCUCCCACCUGGCCCCUACCUACCUCACCACCCAUCUCGACCUUGGUGUCUUCCUGGCAUUGGAGACACUCGAUAGUCGAUCUGGGUCCGAGCUCAUCACCAAUUUUAUCGACCUGGAGAUUCCACCUUGCCUCGCUGGCGUCGUUACACUACCCCCUACCACCAUGGCGGACGGUCGACACCACGGUCAGGCAAUGAACCCUGAGAACUUUGACGCCUCCGAACUCACCAAUGCCUUUGAGCAAUUGAUGCGCAACAAGAGAUUCAACCAACUGCAAGAACAGGCUCGAGGCCAAUCCCGCACACAAUCACCUGCGCCCGCGGCCAUGUCCCCUGGCCUGUACCCGCCUCAUCCCUCGCGAGCACCACCACCGCCGCCCCCGACCGCUGCAUACCCCCCUCAAAUGCCACCGCAACCGUCUUCACAAUCACCCCUACUUCGAAGCCUUCCCAUCGUUCCCGCUCCCCCACAAGAUCCGGCUUCUCUAAAAUUUCGCAACCUUCUCCACGUUCUUUCCGUCACUCCCACGAAAUAUGAAAACCCGGGUCUUCUCGAUGAGGCCCUCUCUCACAUCCCGCUCGACCGGCUGUACUCGGAGGCCGAGGACGAAAGUCAGAUCAUGCAGGCCCAAGCAGCUAGUGUCGGAGGGAAACCAGAAUGGGGCUACCAAGACUGCGUCAUUCGGGCGCUGCUCAGAUGGUUUAAGCGAUGCUUCUUCCAGUUUGUCAACAACCCCCGGUGUUCUCGAUGCUCCAUGCCCACGAUCGCACAAGGAAUGACUCCGCCAUCGCCUGAUGAGACGGCCCGCGGUGCCACUCGUGUCGAACUGUACCGAUGCUCCGAAGGCACCUGCGGCGCCUACGAAAGAUUCCCUCGCUACUCGGAUGUAUGGCAAUUGCUGCAGACCCGACGGGGCCGUGCUGGUGAAUGGGCCAACUGCUUCAGCAUGUUCUGCCGAGCACUCGGCGGUCGGGUUCGAUGGGUGUGGAACGCCGAGGACCACGUCUGGACGGAGGUAUAUUCCGAGCACCAGCGGCGCUGGGUGCACGUGGAUGCGUGUGAGGAGGCCUGGGAUCAGCCUCGCCUUUACACUGAGGGCUGGGGUCGACAGAUUUCGUAUUGCGUUGCUUUUUCGAUUGACGGUGCCACGGAUGUCACCCGACGCUAUGUUCGCAGCCCGACAAGACACGGCAAGGCCCGCAACCGCGCUCCUGAGGAGGUGCUGGUGUGGGUGAUUCACGAGAUCCGGAAGAAGCGUCGCGAGAACCUGUCGAAGACGGACCAACGACGCUUGAUGAAGGAGGAUGAGCGGGAAGAACGGGAACUGCGCGCAUACACCGCAUCGGCACUGGCUGCAGAACUGAACAACCUCUUUCCCCGGGAGACUCCUCAGGGACGUCCCGAGGAUCAGAAGACGCCGGUGUCCCGACAGGAUGCUGCCAUGGAGUGGCUCGACACUCGACAGAGGAGCUCUGGGCACUCUGGCCCUGACGGAUCGCAGGACGGCCGGUAACGAAGCGUGUGUUGCGCCCUCACUCUCUUGUCUCCUUGCGGAGGCCGUGCCUCUUGAUCGUACACCGAUCGUCCGCAAGGUACGACGACCAUAAGGUUGGACCAUCUCGAUGCAUGCACGAGAUACGAAUGGCCGCCUUUUAUCGGAUUCAUCGGCACGGAGUUUGACUCCCUACAUAUAGGGAGCGUUCCUAAUGGAAUCUGACACUGCCGGUCCAUACGGACGGAAUCAGGUC